AUGGGCGAAGGCAACGAAGGACAGAAGCUGGGGAGGAGGAGUCCGGAAUCAGGCGGUCAGACUGAAGAUGAGACAGUGGCCGCGACCCAGGACGGGAUGGUCGUCAAUGCCUCUGGUUACAAGGACCAGCUGAAGAGACAGUACGGUCUGGUUGGCUUGGCCGGAAUAGCCUUGACGGUCGAUAAUGCCUGGAUUGCUCUGGGGUCGUCGAUAUCUGUUUCGAUAGCCAACGGUGGUCCACCAGGUGUCAUCUUUGGCCUGAUUGUCGCCGCGUUCUAUUACUCCUUUAUUGGCCUGGGCCUGGCCGAGUUCUCAUCUUCGGUGCCCACAGCCGGAGGCGUCUACCACUGGGCAACCAUAGCCGCCGGACCAAGAUGGGGACGGAUGCUGGGCUUCUUCACAGGCUGGAUCAACUUCUACGGCUGGAUGUUCGACCUCGCCUCGCUCAUCCAGAUCACCGCCAACAUCAGCGUCAACCUCUACGUCGUCUACCACCAGUCGACCUACGUCUACGCCGCCUGGCAGGUCUACGUCGCCUACAUCCUCAUCACCUGGAUCUGCGUGCUCAUCGUCGUCUUCGCCAACCGCGUGGUCCCCCACACGCAGACCCUGGGCAUGUUCUUCGUCAUCGCGGGCGGCCUCGUCUCCAUCAUCGUCGUCGCCGCCCUGCCGUCCAAGCACGCCAGCAACGAGUUCGUCUGGGGUAGCUUCGUCGAGAAUAACGUGACGGGCUGGCCCGGCGGCGUGGCGUUCCUGUGCGGCGUGCUGAACGGCGCCUUCACCAUCGGCACCCCUGAUGCCAUCACCCACAUGGCCGAGGAGCUGCCUCACCCCAAGCGCGACUUGCCGCGCGCCAUCGCCCUGCAGAUCGGCCUCGGGUUCCUGUACGCUUUCGUCUUUGCCAUUGCCAUCAUGUAUGCCGUGACCGACCUGAGCGCGCUGACGGCCGGCGUCAACACGUAUCCUCUGGCCAAUAUCUACCAGCAGGCCGCCACGAGGAGCGACGGCACCCAGAACCUUGGUGCGCAGUUUGGUCUGCUGUUCAUCAUCUGGUGCUCGAGCAUGCUGUGCUGCAUCGGCACGACUGUCACGAACUCUCGCAUCUACUGGGCUCUCGCGCGCGACAACGCCGUGCCCUUCUCAGGGUUCUUUUCCAAGGUCAGCGAGAGGCUGUCAUGUCCUGUCCCAGCGACCCUUUUCGUUGCCGUGAUCGCAACGGGCCUGGGCGCCAUCCCCAUCGGCUCCUCGACCGCCUUUCUCGAUCUUACUGGAUCCUUCAUCAUCCUCACGACCGUCUCGUACGCGAUUCCUUUCAUCGGCAACGUCAUGACGAGACGGCAAAACUUCCCUCCAGGGCCCUUCCACCUCGGGAAGUGGGGAGAUGCCGUCAACAUCAUCGCCGUAGUGCUGAUUAUGUUCUUUAACAUUUUCUAUUGUUUCCCAUACGCCCUCCCCACGACAGCAGAGUCUAUGAACUAUAACUCCGUCAUCCUCGUCGGCGUGAUGUUCAUCACAGCUGCGUGGUGGUUCAUCCACGCGAGGACAAACUACCCCGGCCCCAAGGUCAUGACCAUGUAUAUUCAUGAGGGACAGGUUGUAGAAACGCCGCUGGAGGCUGGCGGUCUCAACACGGCGAAGGAGAAGUAG